CGAUUUCAAUGGGGACGUUUUCUUGUGGAUAUACGUAAUUUCACACUACUUCUCUUAGAAAGAAAACAAAUGUCGCAUACGGGUAAAAUACAAAGUGGUUUUAUGACGCGAAACCUGAUGUAAGCUUAACCGGACUAGCUUUAUUGGCAAUUUAAUCAACAUUUGCCCAGAGAAUCCCUUUGGAAAAAAAGUGGCUGGAUUCAUCUCCGCCGCCGCCUCUUCCAGCAGGAGUACAUUUGAUUACGGAGACAGUACAACCAUGGAUCCGACCCGGGGAUUUAAAUUUUUGGACACGGUGGCACACUCUGCUGCUCAGUAAGGAUGGAGAGAAAAUAAGAGGGGUUUUUUUUCUUCUUACAAACGUAUCAGGUAGCGGUUUCUCAGCAGAAGGAUGCCGCUGGUGAAGCGCACCAUCGAGCCCAGGCACCUGUGCCACACGGUGCUGCCAAGAAACAUCAAGAACGAGCUGGAGUGUGUGACUAACAUCUCCUUGGCCAACGUCAUCCGCCAGCUCAGCAGCCUCAGUAAAUAUGCAGAGGACCUGUUUGGAGAGCUCUUCAAUGAAGCACACUCCUUUUCUUUCCGGGUCAACUCCCUGCAGGAGCGCGUGGACCGCCUCUCCAUCAGUGUCACACAGCUGGACCCCAAAGAGGAGGAACUGUCUCUUCAGGACAUCACCAUGAGGAAGGCCUUCAGGAGUUCUACUGUUCAGGACCAGCAGCUGUUUGAUCGCACGUCUCUGCCUGUCCCACUGCAGGAGACGUACCACACCUGCGAGCAGCCCCCACCGCUCAACAUCCUCACACCCUACAGAGAUGAUGGAAAGGAGGGUCUAAAGUUCUACACCAAUCCAUCCUAUUUCUUUGACCUGUGGAGAGAAAAGAUGCUUCAAGACACAGAGGACAAGAGGAAGGAGAGGCGGAAACAGAAGUUGCAGGACCCCCGCAUGUAUGAUCAGGUCUAUAGGUACUUAGACCUUCCAGGGCAGCUGAAGGCGAUCGACCGUCCACACGAGCCGGAGAAGAUACCGCGAGCACCUCACGAUCGUAAGAAGGAGUGGCAGAAACUGGCACUGGGGGCAGAGCUGGCCCAGGACUUACCUGAAGACAAACACAGAGAGGCCAACGGAUCUGCGGGUUAUCACGACAACAGGACUCAUUUGUACAUGGAGCAUUUGGACGGGCCCUUCUCACUGGCGGCGCUGCCCUACACUCAGAUGAACGAACUGCUUAACCGUACAGGGGACAGAAUGUAUUCCCGACCUCACGACCCUCCACCGCCGCCACCUCCUAUGCACCCACUGGGAGAGAUAAAGCCACCUUCUGUGAUCAGCUCCAGCUCGGGCUUUUCCGACAGCAGACCCCAGUCUCCAGCCCGGACAGCAGGCCACAACUCCAACACUCCUCCUCCUCCGCCUCCCCCUCUGCCCCCUCCUCCUCCACCCUUACCCUCCACAGGCUUGCGCGGCACUCCUCCUCCUAUUCCUCCUCUACCAGUCCAGCAGCAGCCCCCAGCCAUCCCGCCUCCGCCCGCUCCCCUCCAGAUAGCCCCGGGCGUUCUCCAUCCAGCCCCUCCACCCGUGGCACCUCCCCUCCACUCCUCAUCUCCAGCUCGUUUCCAGCAGGUCCUGGACAAAGGUCCAUCCGCGGGCUCUGGUAUUCAGUCAGACAGCACCAUCCUGCCUCCUCCACCGCCACCACCUCCCCUGCCCCUCCCAGGAGCGCGGAGCUCAUCACCCUGCCUAUCAGGGCCACCACCUGUGCCCGCCUUCCCUUCAGCAGGAGCCAUGGCCUCCCCUCCCCCCCACGCCAUCCACGACAUGGGGAUCAAGAGGCACCAUCCAGCCAAUCUGCCACCCAUCAGCGAUGCACGCAGCGUCCUGUUGGAGGCUAUCAGAAAAGGCAUACAGCUUCGAAAAGUGGAGGAGCAGCGAGAACAAGAGGCUAAGCACGAGCGAGUGGGUAAUGAUGUGGCCACCAUCCUGUCACGCCGCAUCGCCGUGGAAUACUCAGACUCUGAGGACGAGUCCGAGUUUGACGAAGGCGACUGGAUGGAAUGACGGCGGCGAGGGAGAGAACAGAAGGAAUACCGGGAGGAUGGAGGUGCCCCAUCCUCCAGCAGUACCCCAUCCCUGCACUCCACACCUUGACAUCAAAGAAAGGAAACACCGUUACGACCACCUUUCCUCUUUUUUGUUUUUUUUUGUUUAUAUCUUGUCAUAUGUCUGUCUCGUUGUGGUUUGUGUUCAGUGGAGGGUCUCCACGUCGCCGUUGUCGGUCUUUCUAGUGUUCCAAGAGUAGUUUUUCUCUCUCUUUUUUUCCUAUUCAUUCUUCUGCACCUACCACGCGACUUUGUUUCGGCUGGAUUUCUUGUGAUGAAAUCCCUCAUGUUUACUAUUGGUAUACACGAAGAUAACUUUUUUGAAGAGCCACUUGUUUUUGUUUCUUAUCUGUACCUUGAUGUUGAAAAAAAAAAAACCACAAACAAAGAAAUUUGAAAAGAACAAAUGAAGGCAUGUUGCAUCUAUCUUUAGUUCUCCAAUAUGGUUUUGCCACCUGGUGGCUGAACAUGGCAUUGAGUGAAUGCUGCUUUAUUUUAAUCAUCUUUUAUUUACCUAGUACAACUGAAACACUUGUUUUAACAGGCCAGUAGUAUCAAACCCUGACCGGCUGGGUUGUCGUCCCCCCCCCACCCCACACACACUUUUUUUGUUAUCAGGAAUGACUUUACCACUAAGGACAAGCAAAAGAUUGUGUUGCUGUGUCAUGUGAUAAUUGUUGUAUGGCUGAAAUGAUGGGGGAAAGCAUAUGGCUGCUUUGGUCACAUGUGUGCAUAUCCAUCCACUUACAAUCCAUUUCUGCUAUUGUUGACAUCAGGCGCUGUCAAAGAGAAACACUAAGCCAUUGUUUAUAUGGAGCUCCCUUCAUUUUCUCACGCUCGCUGCUGCAGAAAUGGACAGUGGAAGCAACUUGAUUCUGUAGAUAAACAUCAGAAUACCUGCCUCUCUUAUUAUCCCUGAUUUAUCCAAAAAAAAAAAAAAAAAAAAAAAAAAAAACAGCGUACAGAGAGAAACUUUUUCGAGUUUUGGGAAUCUGACUGACACCAGAUGCAAACCAGUUGACGUCACUGAUGGCAGCUUUUCUCUCAGAUCCCCUUUUACUGUUUAACUGCUCACUAACGGGAAGCCUUACCUCGUUUGGGACUACAGCUCUGCGUAGUACUGCCGUUUGAGGCGUAGGACAAGAAGCUUACAUUCUGCCUUGUUUUGGCUCAUUUGAAAGAAAAUGUCUGCCAUCGUUUUCCGUUCGUUCGUUUUGUUUUUUUCUUCUACUUGCCUUAUUGUUCGUACAAAACGUAUCGUUGAGUUGAUGAAUGUAUUGUGCUGUUACUACUUACUUGCCUGCGCUUGUAUGAAUUCGCUGUUUCUAUGUUUGGCUGGGGGGGGGUUGAAAGGACGAAAAAAAAGAGGAAAAAAAAGAUUGGAUCAAUACUGUAUACCAUGUAACUUAUGUAACUGUUUACUGUAACAGUUUGCUUGAAUUAAUAAAAAUCUAAUGUUA